UAUCAAUGGAUGGACUACGAAUUUAAAAAGAAAUUUUGCAGUUUCAUUUAAAUAAAUAAUUUGAUUAAUUUAAUUAUUCUGUUGUCAUUAUAAAAGGCACAAGAUUCACUUUAUCAACUAAUAAAUUUGAAGUUGAACUUUGCACUUCAACAUAUUCUUAUAUAUUAAUGAUAAAUAAUUUAAAAGUUAAAUAAGAAAGUAAACGCUUUGAUUUUAUAAUAAAUAAAAUAACACAUCCUUAAGAUAUAUUUCGUUAUAUUAAAUAUAAAUCUAAUCCUAUAUUUUAUCUGAUCUUGGUAUAAUAAGAGGCUAAAAUGAUGAAAAUCCUAUUUAAAACCCUUAUUAUAUAAAUUGCCUUGAGAUUAAUUAAUUGA